AUGAUGACUCCACGCUCUUUCAUGCUGGCGCAGCGUGAAGGCCACGGCCAGCGUCAGCGCCAGCACCACCAGGUUCAGCGCUCUCCUUCCCCUUGUACCACAGCUACUAGUCAUCACAAUACUUUAUCUAUUCCGACUCCCUCUUUAUCUCCCAUCCUCACUCCCACUCCAACUCCCGCCCGUUUAUCCUCCUCUUCAUCCUCACCUUCAUCUUCUAUUCCUCUACAUACUUCAUCUUCUCCUCUUCACCCAUCAUCUCAGUCUUCCUCGACAACCAGCAUAUACAACCCGUAUAAGCCGCCACCAGCACCCACCACCAAGUUGGCGACUUCAACGACUGCGACCGAGAAGUCGACCACGUUCUCACUCCCGCGCUGGUCGCCCAAGUAUGACGAUAGCAACAAACGCAUCACAGUCACCAUAUCUUCAGCUCAGCCGGACUUCAAUGCAACAAUGGUUAAACGUAAGGAUUGGCGGGAGACUAGCAGUCUUGCCCCUUCGAGCCCACCAAAGACCACUGUUAGUUUGACCAUGAAGCCUACACCAUCGAGCCCGGUCAAGAUCCCUACCACCAACAACCGAUAUGGCGCCCAUCCUCAGAAGCGUCAUUCAUCACAAAGAAAACGUAGCAGUGAUUCCCGGUCUUCGGGUAAUCUUUCGCCUUCUCUUGCUGCGCUUCUGGCCGUCACCGAUAUCCCCCGACACAAGCAACUUCAGCGACGCCGUCGUGGUGAAAAGACCCUGACUGUACAGGAGGUCUUUGACUGCCAGCAUGCUUCAGAGAAGCAACUUAGCUGGACUUUCAGCAGCCCUCUGGAUAUGCUGCUGUCCCCUCCUCAGGACAUCACCGACGAUGACGAUAGUGUGAGCGAUUGCAACAUUGGCUCCAGUAUGUCGACAAGGACUUAUUCCAUCGAUUCUAUCCCUUCUCUGGACGAGUCUUUCUCCAGUGAAUGCCUUUCAUCCCUUGGAAGCCCAAGGACCCCUAGCCCGUGUUCCCGGAGGACCAAAUCAACUCCCAUGCGAAAGUCGCUGGAGCCUGUUAUCUCCCCGCCUGGUUCCGUGGAGGAGCACCCGCUCGCCGGAGACGAUGCCGAUAUCGAAGAUUUGGACUUAAUCCUUGAUCAGCCCGAGGAGGUUCAGCCCAAGUCCCAAUUUCUCCAGCCUUUCAAGCCUUUGAGGUCUGUGUUCAAAUCGAACCUGACUGCCUCACUGCGGGCGCUUCGAUCAGCUGCGCGAUCCUUUUCGGCCCUCAACCUUCCCACUAUCCCACCGGAUGACUAUCUAACUCGAUCAAUUCUUACUAUCGACCCUAACGUUCCCUAUGCUGACGAGCGUCGCCCACCUGUUUCCGAGGAAAUGCCCUCGGCCGCCAUGCGCCGUUAUCUUAACCCUACAACAAACGCCAGGAUUGAACCACCGACAAAGACUGUUUUCGCUGGCACUUUUGCUGCAUCAAUUCAAAUGCGCACUUACAAGAUUCAGCGCUCCCGAGCGGCUCCGGGCUCCCGAAACUCUUACCCAUCAACAUCACUCCAGUCACAGCCUGCCCCUGUUCCCCAGCAGCCACAGCCGCAGGUCCCCACUCAUUCGGUCCCAGGCAUGCGACAGCGGGAAAUGCGUGAGAACUCCGACUUCAUCCGUAUUGCUGUGAUGGAGAUGGCCAUGCGCAAGCGUGGAAAACUCGACGACCAAAAACCCGGCCGGGCCCGUUUCGCACUUCCUCCCCGACAAACAUCGACGAAGCCCUACGAGAUGGGAGCCAACGGUGUUCCGGCUCGCUGGAUCCCCAUCAUGGCCUAG